CAAGAAGGAAACAACGCCUUUAUAAGGACUCGGUGUGUUAUACGUGAUCGAAGAGGUAUCUAACGGCUAUGAAAUUCCUUACAACAAACUUUGUGAAAUGCACGUCCAAAGCGUGUGACUCCACAACGGAUAACUUCCCAUUACAAUUCAACGACUGUGAGUUGAUCCAAGAGGAACAAGAGUUCAAGCCUGAAUUUCUCUUGAACAUCCUGGAUAGACUUGAUUGGAGCGCAGUGUUAAAAGUGGCACAUGACCUGGGUAACGACUCAUUACCACAGGCGUUACCUGAGAACGUUGACCCAGAGGACCCAGACACACUGGCCCUUUUGAAGGACUUACACUCAUUAUUACUCGAGACAAACAUCACACAGGGUGAGAUGAAGUGUCGUGCAUGCGAGCACGUCUAUUACAUCAAAAACUCAAUUCCAAACUUCCUGUUACCACCACAUUUGGCUUGAUUUAUACAUGUUAGAAUGAUACUAAUAAAGAAGACACUUCGCUCCCCAAGCCCCACCAAAUUAUUCGAAUCUGUAGAUGACAGCUCAGAUAAGAUAUCUACAAAGAAUGGACACGCAGUAUUCAAUACUUCUUGAGCUACAUUCAUUCAAAAAUCUGGUAAGAUUCGUUGAAAAGGCACAUAAACUUGCUUAUAUCUCGACAGCCAAAGAGACAUUAGGCUAGUGUGGUUUUUCACACGGUAGAAGUAAUUUAUAUCAUCUUAUAUACAGCAUCUUGACUUGAUUGAGUGGGUGGUUCUUCUAAAAUAGCCUCCGCAUUUUCCCUCUUAUAUAUAUAAUUCUGGUUCUUUGUUGCCCCAGCA